AUGAAGGGUCCUCGUUCUCGUCCUGCCGACUCGCAGGCCGUGUCUUCAGACACUAAAGAUCAAAGAUCGGAUGUAGAAGCAUCCAACUCGCUGGCGCCACCUCCCCGCCCUACUGCGACAGGUGCCAGUGAUACCCCCGACUACUUCAAUUCCGUUCACAAUCCCUUCUCGCUCGAGCCCAAUCCCUUCGAGCAGUCCUUCGGCACUGGCAAUUCAGGCGAAACUCCCGGAAAGUCGCUACUGCCUCCCGUGGCUGCCCUCACCUCUCCUGCCCUGCCUGGCGCAUCCUCAGGCGGUGGCUACAACUGGUCCAACUCCCUGCGCUCAGGGCCCCUCAGCCCGGCAAUGCUCCCCGGCCCAACCGGCUCUAAUGACUACUUUGACAGUAUUGGUAGAGGCUUCCCGACUCCUAACGAGUCAUCGCUCCGGACAGGCUUGACCCCGGGCGGUGGUGGCUCCAUGUUCCCAGCCCCAAGCCCGAACUCCCAAGCUUUGUUGCAACAACUGCAAAGCGGUGGGGCCACUCCGUCCACAAUUGAAUUCCACCGCACCGCGCUGGCCGCUAAGAAGAACGCCGGGAACGGUCCCACCUCCAAUGCCAACGACCAAGAACCAACCUCGAACCCGACCAUGGAUACCAAACCCCCUACCGCCACAGAUUUUACCCAGCACGAUGCGGCUGAUGCCGCCAAUGGCCUCUUCAUGCUUGCCAAGGGUGGCCAGGCGAACAAUAUGCAGAUGAACCAGGCUGCCGCGAUGCAAAACGAGACGCGUGCGGCCGCCCGACGCGUGUCGCAAAAUAACAACGGUGCUCAUGCGCGCGAGAUGAGUGGUGAUGGAUCGGAGCAGGAUCUGUCCAAGCCCGCUGCCAAGGGUAAAGGCAAGAAGAAUGCCCCCAAGGCAAAUGCUACCAACAAUCGGCGCAAGGCCGAUGAGGCUGCUACCAAGGGCCCCAAUAAGAAGGCGAAGAUGACAGAGUCACCGUCGGAUGACUCCGAGGAUGAGGAGAUGAGGAAUUCCAACAUGGAUCCGAAGAAGAUGACUGAUGAAGAGAAACGGCGCAACUUCCUGGAACGGAAUCGUGUCGCGGCCCUGAAGUGUCGCCAACGGAAGAAGCAAUGGCUGGCUAACCUCCAAGCCAAGGUUGAGCUCUUCACAACAGAGAACGAUGCACUGACCGCUACGGUGACCCAACUCCGCGAGGAGAUUGUCAACUUGAAGACCCUUCUGUUGGCUCACAAAGAUUGCCCCGUCUCCCAAGCCCAAGGCCUAGGACCUCUUAUGAUGAAUGGCAUGUCGACUGGAUUUGACCCGCACGCUUACGGUAUGCCCGGCCAAAUGGGCAUGCCACCGGGUGCUCCGAUCCCAGCCCAGGGCAUGCGCCGAGCAUGA